GGGCUCCUGCGCUCUCACACAUGCGCACUCGCUAACAUCCGGGGCUCGGACAAGGAUGAACGCAAGUUUCCAAGAUGGCGGCGGAGGGAGGAGGGAAGGAGAUGAACGAAAUUAAAACUCAGUUCACCACUCGGGAAGGCGUCUACAAACUCCUCACUCACUCCGAGUACAGUCGCCCGAACCGGGUGCCUUUCAACUCGCAGGGCUCCAACCCCGUCAAGGUCUCCUUCGUCAACGUGAACGACCAGUCCGGCAACGGCGACAGGAUCUGUUUCAAUGUGGGCCGGGAACUCUACUUUUAUAUCUACAAAGGCGUGAGAAAGGCUGCCGAUCUUAGUAAGCCCAUUGACAAGAGGAUAUAUAAAGGAACGCAGCCCACGUGUCAUGAUUUCAACCCACUCACAGCUACAGCAGAGAGCGUCUCCCUGCUGGUGGGCUUCUCCGCUGGUCAGGUGCAGCUCAUAGACCCAAUAAAGAAGGAAACCAGCAAACUCUUCAAUGAAGAGAGACUUAUAGACAAGUCGAGAGUAACAUGUGUACGAUGGGUUCCUGGUUCAGAGAGUCUGUUCCUGGUGGCUCACUCCAGUGGCAGCAUGUACUUGUACAACGUGGAGAACACCUGUGGCACGACGGCACCUCACUACCAGCUCCUCAAGCAGGGUGAAAACUAUGCUGUGCAUACCUGCAAGAGCAAGUCGGCUCGAAAUCCGUUACUCCGCUGGACAGUGGGUGAAGGUGCGCUCAAUGAGUUCGCCUUCUCCCCGGAUGGCAAGUUUCUGGCUUGUGCGAGCCAGGAUGGCUUCCUGCGGGUAUUUGGCUUUGACGCCGCAGAGCUCCAUGGGACAAUGAAGAGCUACUUCGGUGGCUUACUGUGUGUGUGCUGGAGCCCAGAUGGACGAUACAUUGUGGCGGGAGGGGAGGAUGACCUGGUGACGGUGUGGUCGUUUUCAGACUGUAGAGUGAUCGCACGGGGGCACGGUCACAAGUCGUGGGUGAGUGUGGUGGCAUUUGACCACUGUACCACCAGCGUGGAAGACGGUGACCCCCCCGCUGAGUUCAGCGGAAGUGACGAGGACUUCCAUGAGCAGAUUCACUUUGGUGCAGGCAGAGACAGAGCGAACAGCGCUCACUCUCGGCUUUCUAAGAGAAACUCUACAGACAGUAGGCCUGUUAGUGUGACCUACAGGUUUGGCUCAGUGGGGCAGGAUACUCAGCUGUGUCUGUGGGACCUUACAGAGGACAUUCUCUUCCCUCACCUUCCUUUGUCUCGCACAAGGACUCACACUAAUGUUAUGAGUGCCACAAGCCCUCCAGCCACUGGACAAACUAGUACUACUACUGUAUCUACCACGACCACCACCACCACAACCGCCGCAACCACCGCAACCACCGCCACCACCACCACCACCACUACUAAUCCCAGUGGAACCAAUGGUAAAGACAAUGUGAGCAAUAGCAGCUCCAGUGGUAACACACCAAACUCCCUCCCCAACACCCUGCCUCGGUCCAAUAGCUUGCCACACUCCUCCAACCCGGCAGGGGGCAGCACCCCCAACAGUCACACAGGCAGCAGCAACAGCAGCAGCACCACCACCACAUCCACCAAGGGCAACAGUAUCAUCGACAGUGCUUUUAUCGCCACUGGAGUCAGCAAGUUUGCAACACUGUCGCUGCACGAUUCGCGCAAGGAGCGCCACGAGAAGGACCACAAACGAAACCACAGCAUGGGUCACAUCAGCAGCAAGAGCAGCGACAAGCUCAACCAGCUCAGCUCGACGCGGACGGCAAAGGCCGACGCGGCUAAGACUCUGGGCACGACGCUGUGCCCGCGCAUGGAUGAGGUGCCACUGCUCGAGCCGCUGGUGUGCAAGAAGAUCGCUCACGAGAGACUCACUGUGUUAAUCUUCCUUGAGGACUGUCUGGUAACAGCCUGUCAGGAGGGUUUCGUUUGCACAUGGGCUAGGCCUGGGAAAGUGGGAUUGCAAUCAUCUCAAAACAACCCAGCCAACUCCCCCAGUGGAACAGUAGUAUAGCCCCAGUGCUGGUGCUGCUAAUGACAGCUCCAUGCAGCAGAGACGGGGAUGACCAAGGCCACGGCCCCUGCAGCGCUUCUUCACACACUGUCACACACCACAUGACCUCCAGUGUCACCCUCAUUCUCAUCCUUAAACCACCCAGAUGCUCUCUUUUAUGUUACUGCUUGUGUUCAGAUAAACCGACGUUGACCGAGCCAGGGUUAGAAACUUGACCUCCUUUUGUGUGGGGGGUGAAAAGGGUGUUAUUGGAAGCAGGAGGGCGAGCUUUAAAUCAUCCAGGAGGUUCAUGAAAGGGGCUCACUGGCUCACUGUUACAUCCAUGGUCAUAUCAAGUCACAUCUAAUCUGAAAAUAACAAACUCUCGUACCCGAUCCUUUGUGCCUGUAGUUCUGUAAAGACUAAAGACAGCGUAAGCAUCGUGGUAAUGCCUCAACCUUACCUUUCGCGUGGGUUUAAUUUGGUCAUACUUGUUUCUUCAGAUGUAUUCACAGAUAAAGGGAAUAUGAGGAGGGAUUGCUUUUAGAGCAGCAGCUUAUUAUAUCCUCAACGCCAAGUCUCUUUCAUUCUCUAACCUCCUGGGUGAUCCCUUGUGCAGCCACAUUCCUUUAAAAACCUGCUCAAGAGAGACUGAAACUUUUUUACUUCCUUUACAAAUAUUUCAGUCACAGGUAUCACACUAAAAAGUGUAUUUUGCACAGAUUCUUUUUUUCUUUUUCCCCAUUUUGAAAUCAUAACAGUGGAGAAUGAGCGAUAUAAUUUUUUGGACAGUUUUGGAAGCACUUGAGGAAACAGCGCAUUAUUGCCUCCUGUCUCAACGCUGGAUACUGCAAUCCUAGUUUUUUACAUGGAAAAAAAUUGUUUGCACUUAAUAGUUAGAGGAGAAUGGCUUUACAUUUUUGGAGUGUGUAAGGACUCCCCUGACAAGGUUGAAAUAAAAAUAGAAUUUAAA